AUGUCCAGCCCGCUUCUUUGCGCUGGUCCCGGCCGUGCCCCCGGCGAGCGCAUCGUCGCCCUCAACGCCACCGUCUACGAGUUCAACCCCUUUGAGCUCGGCCCGCGUCGCAUCAUCUUCGGAAGGGUCGCCGGUAUAAAAUAUCUUAUACUUAUAAUUGAAUACCUCGACCUUUCAGUGGUUGGGAGAACCUGGAUUUUCUUCCGAGUCGCCCUCUUAUACGAGCUUCCAAACGGUACCGCUGCGCCAGUCGACCGCCACUUGUGCUGCAUACUAGGCCAUGAGCUCGAUCCCUCAUUUGUCUAUCUCAAGCCUCUCCGUUAUGCCUAA